ACCGGAAAUCAAUGUACAUCCGGGGAUUUCAAUGAGCAUGCCCACAAACGCUUAAAAAAUUGACCUUCAUUAUUUUUUCACGUUUUAAAAUAAAUAAGUUCAUAGCAAUACAACAAAUUAUGGUAUAAAGUCCCAAGAAACAAACCUUCAAGUAUCAACAUUUAUUGUUAAAUAGUAAUUUAUGAUGAUGGUUAUGCGUAGUAAAUGAAAAGGCCGCACUGUGUUGAUUGGUCGAGAAGGAAAGUAAACAUUCGAAUCGAGAGGAAUAACGCAAGAAGAUGGGAGCAUUUUUAGACAAGCCAAAGACAGAGAAGCACAAUGAGGGAGGGGUUGGAAAUGGGCUGCGUUAUGGCCUGGCAAGCAUGCAGGGCUGGCGAGUGGAGAUGGAGGACGCUCAUACUGCAGUCAUAGGACUGCCUAGUCUUAAGGACUGGUCCUUCUUUGCUGUGUUUGAUGGCCAUGCUGGUGCUAAAGCAUCUGCGGUUUGCGCAGAACAGUUACUUGAUCAUAUCAUUUCUGGUGAAUUCCCUCGUUCCAUGCAUGUAGAAUCAGGGACAGAAACGCAGCCGUCAAUUGAAGCCAUUCAGUCAGCUAUUAAGACCGGAUUUUUAUCCAUGGAUGAUAAGUUGCGCGCAAUGCCAGAAGUCCUUAGUGGACAAGAUAAAAGUGGGUCAACGGCGGUAGCUGUGAUUAUAUCACCAACACAUAUAUUCUUUGCAAAUUGUGGCGAUUCCAGGGCAGUUCUGUGCAGAAGUAGCAAGUGUGCUUUCUCAACUACAGAUCACAAGCCCAUCAACCCUGGCGAGAAAGAGCGAAUUCAAAAGGCUGGUGGUAGUGUGAUGAUUCAGAGGGUAAACGGAUCUCUGGCAGUAUCACGCGCCCUUGGGGACUUUGAAUAUAAAAAUGUAGAAGGUAUGGGUCCAUGUGAACAGCUUGUAUCGCCAGAGCCUGAGAUAUUUGUGCAGGACAGAGACAGUGGUGACGAGUUCCUGGUUUUGGCGUGUGAUGGAAUCUGGGAUGUAAUGUCUAACGAAGAACUUUGUGACUUUGUGCGAAAUCGACUGCAAAUUACGGGCAGCAUGGAAAGUAUUUGUAAUCAAGUCAUUGAUACAUGUUUAUAUAAGGGUAGCCGUGAUAAUAUGAGCAUUGAAAUAGUAACCUUCCAAGGGGCUCCUAAGCCGUCCGAAGAAGCUAUAAAGAAAGAAGCUGAAUUAGAUGCAAGAAUAGAAGCUAAAAUUAAAGAGACCCUUGAGUCUGACACAUCGAUGGAAGCCGACCUCCCAUACCUGAUGCACCUGCUUGGGGAUAUGGAAGGAUUACCUCCAGGAGGCGGGCUCAGCUCUAAACGAUCUACAGUGGAAGCUAUUUUAAAUAAAUUACGGCCACCUAAGCCUGAAGACAAUGUAGACCAAGUAAGGGCCAGUCAGAAGGAUAAAGGGAGGGACUGGUGGGACAGCGAUUGAUUGAUAACAACCCAGUAUGAAUGAGUGAACGACUCUUGUAUACCUGCCUCUUCAUUUUGUCAGCGCAACUGGUUCCCAAUUCAUGGUGUUAAGAAGCCAGCUUUCUCUGGUGUCAGCAGGGCACCAGAUUAGGUCCCAUUUUUAGCUGAAAGUUAAUUCUGGCUUAUUAAAGACUUGUAUGUAAAUAUUGAUUUAUUGAAUAGGAUACAAUUGACCCUUGGAAUAAACACUUUCUUUGCUUGAUCAAAGUUUCAUGUGUGUUUGAUCUAUAGGGGAAUGUUUUAGUACAUGUAAGUUGGAAAAUAAUGAGUCAGGUUUAGUGUUUAAGUAUUUUCUACUGUUUGUGUUAAGCAUUAUAUUGUAAUUCAAAUAUAAAUAUUAAUUGUACCAGUCCAAAGCACAAGUUGUUACCAUAAUAUGUUUCAAUAUUCCCAUAUGUUUAUUUUACUAUUAAGUUGACUAAGGACUAGUUUCAUGUUCAUGUACCGGUACACGUGUCAGUUAAAUCUAAUUUCUCCAAUAGUUUGUCUGUGCAUGUUCAUUUUCAAUGCUUAAAUCAGUAUUUUAAGAAAAUGUGUGUCACAUUAUACCUUGGCUUAUUUCACUAGAUGCCAAGGAAACAUGUCAAGUUGGUGAUGCAAAGGCCUGAUUUUAUUAUCAUUUAUGUAGAGCCAUGUAGUCAAUGAAAAUAAAGUCAGGUUAAAUGAGAGAUGUGCUAUGAAAUAAAAGUGCUCAAAUAAGUAGAUUGCUCUGAUAUAGUUCAUUCUUUAAGGUCCAUGUUAUUAAGCAAUAUGGUUAAGCUUGGAUGGCCUUUUUUCAAUAUUUGAUUUUCCUAGCUAGAGAAAUAAGUUUGGGAAACUUACUAAGUGUAUUAGGAAAUUAUAAAUACUAGUUUACAACUGAAUUGUAAAGGUCUUUUGUUUAAGAAACACUAAAGCAAUGUUUGAAACUUAAAAAUUCAGUUGUAAAGUAACCUUGUCGUAAGAUCUUGUAUAAGAUUGGUCCCAGAUUAUUCAUCGAGUUUCCUUUAGCUUUCCAUUGUUGUUGAUAUCAAUUUGCAUCAAGAUUUUUCACUUGCUUGCUAAUUCUUCCUUAAUUAUUAUUUUUAUCAAGGGCUGCAUUUGAAACUGUUGUUAAUGAGUAACACUUCAAUGACACAUACACUUGUCUUGACAUUAAACCCUUGAUAUUAUGGGAACCAUUUUGAAAGACUUGUAAUACAUGCAUUAUGUGCAGGUGAAAGAAGUGUGUUGAUUUUGUUAAUUUUAUACUUGAGCUUGAGUCCAAUAAUGGAUUCUAUUUCAAUAAUCAUUACAUCAUUACAUAAUAUAAAUACACUGUUAUUUAAUUUUUGUUUAACAUAACAUUUGUUGCUUAUUGUUGUAAAGCCUCAUUAAUUGUUUACAUUUUUCAGUGUAAUUUUUUCUUCAUUGCAAGCAGUGAAUGUUCCUAUAUUAUUUUACAAUUGAGUCGGUGGCAAAAACAUGCGAGAAAGUAUGCGUUUUUGAUUUACUUAUGUUUGUAAGGAAAGUAUGUUUAAUGACAUAUGAUUUUAGUCUCUUGGGUUAUUUAAUUUAGCUUACUGUUUCACAAUUACUCGAGAUAUUUUCUAUUCUAAACCAUUCUCGCCUGUUUAACAUGUACAUAUUUUUUUACUUGGUUAGCCAUGUUUAGUUUUGCAUUCAUUUGAUGAUCACAUUAAGCUAUAGAUGCUGUCAGAAUCUUUAAAAAUAUUAUUAAUUUAUUGUCAUCCAUUGCAUUAAUUAAGUGUUUAUUGUUACAGUUAUAAAAAUAUAAGUUAACAUUGUAUGUAUGUUUGUAUGCUAUUGUUAUAUGUAAUAUCGUUGAAUUGUACAUUUUUUGUUUUUCUUAUUUUCUCUUUAUUUCCAAUUGUCCUGCUGUAACAUGGGAUCAUUUCAUUGAUCAACGACAACAUCGGUAGAUUUAUGCUCAAAAUAAUAAUUUAUAUAAAUCAAGAUUAUCCAAGAAGAAUUAGACCAUUCAGUUAUCAUUUCAUAACUACAUGUAAGAUUUAGAAGUCAUAAUGUGAAUUAUUGAAAAUAUUCACAAAUAACUCAUUAAAAAAAAAGAUACAUGUUAUAAACUGGUACCAUUGACUGAAAGCAUGUCAUUGUGCCAGAUGUGAGAUUACUCAUUUCUCAGCAAGCCAUUGUUACAGCAGGGAUGCAUUGUUGACAUCGGCAGUGCUACAUGUGUAUGUCAGUCCAAUAGAUAUAAAUAACUAUCGUG